GCCUACUCCGUACAAAGUACCUCAGUAAGUACAUACAAACAUAAUUCAUCAAAGACAUGUCCACAGUCCACAGUCCACAGUCCACAGUCCGUCCACCACUCCGCUCCGCUCCAGAACCUGAGAUGGUGAGAUCAUCUUUGACCGAAUUUUUAAUCCAGCCAUAUUUCUCCUCUUUCAUCUACUAUCUAUUAUCCACGGGACCAGUCCAUCCUCCCUCUUUCCUGUCCGGCAUAAAAAGUAGACAGGUAAAAAAAAAAAAGGCAUCUAAAUUCCAAGCCAGUAAGUAACAGAAAGUCUAGAUUCACCACAGUCGGUGAACCAAACUCUCUCUCUUUCUCUUUCUCUCUUUCUCUCUCUUCCCCACCGGGC